AUGCUUGUGCGCACCGUGUGUCGUAACAACUCUGCCGCCGGUGCCGGGACAUCUCUGAGCGGUCGUAGCGGUGCUCGCCGCGAGCGGGGUUCGCAGAGUUCCGCGCGUGAUCGCGAUGCCCGUUCCGGUCGGGCUAGAUCCAGCGCAAACGAUCUGUCCGAUCCGCUUCAGAUGACCACACCAAUGUACGUUAUCCCCGCGAUGCUCUGUGUGAUGAAUUCCGGUAGUUCAAUUUGUGUGUGUGUGUGUGUGUGUAUGUGUGCAUAA